CUUGAGCUGACAGGAAAAUGUAUCUGUUCUACACAGUAAUCGCAUCUUUAAGUUUCUUUUUACUUUUAAGAUGGGUGAAAAGGAGGAGAUAUUGCACGGAGCUGAAAAGACUUGAUGGUAAAACGGCUCUCAUUACAGGGGGGAACUCUGGUACUGGCAAGGAGACAGCCGUUGCCCUGGCAGCGAGAGGCGCCCGCGUCAUCAUUGCUUGCAGAGACCAUGAAAAAGCUGCAAGGGCUGUAAGAGAGAUCAAACUCAGGAGUCGCUCUUUUAAUGUCUUCCACAUGGAGCUGGAUCUGGCCAGUCUGCACUCAGUUAGGGAAUUUUGCAAGAAGUUUCUACAGCAGGAGAAGAGCCUGCACAUCUUGGUGAAUAACGCAGGCAUGCCUGGCGUCCUUGACUGGACAAACGACGGCUUCAGCAUGUGUUUCGGUGUCAACCACCUGGGCCACUUCCUCCUGACUAACCUGCUGCUGCCCCGGCUGAAGGAAUGUGCCCCCAGUCGGGUCAUAACGCUCACUUGCUCCUGCUACAAAUACCAGAAGCUGGACUUCCAGGACCUGAACUACAACCUGCUGCCCUUCUUCACUUACUGCCGCAGCAAGCUGGCCAACAUCUACUUCAGUCAGGAGCUGGCCCGCAUCACCGAGGGAAAAGGAGUGACUUCCUAUGCUGUGCACCCUGGUUUUGUCCAGAGCCGCUGGACGUGCCACUACUCGUUCCUGUUCCGGAUCCUGAUGCAGGUGGUCAUGUGGAUGUUCUCCGUGCCGUGUGAGAUCGGAGCUCAGACUGUCGUCUACUGCGCCGUGUCGAAUGAAGCUGCCAAGCACAGCGGGGGUUACUUUGCCGACUGCCAGCCUGCCGCUCUGCGUCCCUUUGCAAGAGACGCCGGUGUAGCAAAGAAACUGUGGGAGGCCAGCGAGAGGCUGGUGAAACUGGCAUGAUGAAAGUGCCACAGGUCAUUAACUCUGAAGUUAUUUAUGAUUCUCACUGUUAAAUUAUGUUCAUUAUAAACAUUGUUGUGAAUAGUGUUGAUCUUCCAGUUCAUUUGUUUACAUUUUUUUUAUAAAUUGCCCAUUGUUCAUCAAGUUAUGUCUUUGUUAUGCUGCAACUAAACAAUAAAAAAUCAAUAUAAGACAAAUGCUGCUUUU